AUGAGCCGCUUCAGGACCGUAGAUCCUGUCACACCAAACAAGAUACCUCAGAGGCGCUAUCAGGUCCUCAAUGUUUUCUAUUUCCGAAGGAAGUCGAGCGCCCGGACUCUACUGGGCAUCUGCAUCAAGUUGGGAGACCGGACCUGGUUUCGCAUUCUAUCUUUCAUAGCUCUUCUGGGCUUGUCCGCAUUUCUUGGGCUCAUCGGCGCCUAUGGAACGGCGGCCGUUGUCGUCAGCUCGGCUUUGUCUCAAGCAGUCGCCUGGAAUAUCAAGAUCCAGCGUCCGCCGGGUUAUCUCAGCAACAACGAGGCACACGACGCCUGCAUGCUUGUAGCAUCCCACCAAAAUGCGACAGAGUGGAACCUAUUGAUCGGGGACCGCGGUAUUGUCGAUACGUUACUCAACAAGCCCAUGUUCCUCGUACCUUCCGGCAAGGGCGUGGAAAUGGCUGCCUCCUGGUUCUGGUUUGCGAACCUUGUUCAGCUGAUAGCCAUGACAUUUGUCGCCGGCCAGAAAGGCUGGGAUGGCGUUGCCUUGGUGCUUCUCCUUGGUCUUCACUGGGCCGUCUUCAAUAUCUUCCCGCGGUCCGGUCUAGUCCACUCAUGGCUCCAGACAGAAGGGAUUGAUGCCGUGCUGAAAAGCUACGAAUUCGGUGGACGAAUGGCUAUGAUGGGGGCAAUUCAGGCCUUCAGCAAGUCCAAAAUUACGAGGUGGAUGGACGACAUUAUCGUUCCACACCCCCGCCGCGAUGCUCUUCUUAGUUGCAUUGAGGGAAAGGCAGUCUUUGGGCCUGAGUUCUCCGAGAGUGAUCAAAAGAGAACUCAAUCAAUGGCUGAGGCCUCACUUGCUGCCGCGCAGGUUCUGGAGAGGGAUUUUCAUCCGAGUCGUGUCCUCCCUAUCCCGCCCAAGGCUGCUGUUUGA